AUGAAGCCUAUUGCUAAGUCAUAAGGAAAAGGUAUUUUUAUAUUUAGAAACCUCAAAGAAAUAUCACAAUGGAAGAAUGCAAACCGUUAUAAUCCUGAAAACCCUUCAGCAGGCUCUUAUGUAGUUUAAAGAUAUAUAAGUGAUCCUCUUCUAAUGGGAGGAAAAAAAUUUGAUAUGCGAAUAUAUGCAUUAUGCACAAAUUAUCAACCUUUGAGUAUAUAUUUAUAUAGAACUGGAUUUGCUAGAUUUACUCAUUAUAGAUAUGAUACUGAUGAUAUAAAUAAUGCUUGUAAUAAUAAUAAUAAAAAAAUUAUCUUUAUUUAUAAAUAAAAAGUUGUACAUUUAACUAAUGUUGCUAUACAAAAAACUUCUGAAAAUUAUGAUUAAAAGUUAGGAGGAAAAUGGUUAUUAUAGACUCUUAAAUUGUAAAUGAUUUCUAAAUAUGGAUAAGAAAAAGUAGAUGAAGCUUUUUAUUAGGUAUAAAGUAUAAUUAUAAAGGCCCUUUAAGCAGUUCAAAAAGUUAUGAUUAAUGAUAAAAGAUGCUUUGAAUUGUACGGUUUCGAUAUUAUUUUAGAUUCUAAUUUAAAACCAUGGCUUUUAGAGUCCCUCUAUGACAGCUAAUACUUAAGCAGAUAGUGA